AUGGGCCGUACUGCAUUGCAUUGUCAAAGAAGACGCGUUUUCGACAGCAAAACAACUCGUCGAAUUGUACCCGGUCGAGCAGGACAGUGUCUUCUGCUAAAUCGGCUUGGCCCCGAGCUCUUUUCUCGUCGGGCUAGCCCCUCGUGGCCAUGGUUACCGGCAGCCAAGUGCUUCCAUCCACCCAAAGCAACUAGUGCCGCUGGCGCGUGGGGACGUUGGCUCGUCGGAUCGGCCGAUUUGAGCUUGUCCCCCUCGGCCCCCGACGCCACUGCGAGUCUGCGAGUCUGCGAGUGUGUGCAUGUGUGCUUGUGUGUGUGUGUGUGUGUGUGUGUGGCCUCUUUGCAUCGUCUGUUAUGUGCCAGUCUGCUCUCGUCUCCGGUUGGGGCCCGAGUUGCCGGAGGACAGGCAAAGACGAUUCGACAGGAGGCACCGGAUCACCUCCUCCCCCCCGGGGCUCUCCGACGAGCUCGACCGGAGAGGUCUUUUGUCCGUCGAAAUCUGCCCAACAGACGCGCGAUCCUCCAUCUCAAGCAGUCGCUGUGGCGACGCAAAGCUGGCGUCCUCGAGGCUGAGAUGCCGUGUCGUCCGACCAAAUUGCACGAGGCUGGUUGUCAACGUGGUCUGUUCGCUCCUGCCCACGUCUCGCUCACACGCACGCAUGGCACCGCUCGCCAAGCACGCCAAGUCUGGAUCAAGGUCUGCCAUCGCCUGGGCCAAGUACAGCAACAGUCCGAAGAAAGGUACCUCUUGGCGACGGCAAAGGUCAGCGAGGACAGAACGAAUGGUUGA